AUGAGCGCAAAGAGCCCCUCUUGGGACCAGGCUGUUCUCCAGCCUCCAGUGUGUGAUGCCUGGAAAGAGAUUAUGGAGGAAGCAGCCUACCAGCUGGCCAGCUGCAUUGUCCUCCUGGGUUACAUGGGGGGAAGUGGCAUCUUUGGGUCCCUCUAUAUCUUUGGCCUCCUGGCCCCAGGCUACUUCUGCUAUGCUCUGUGGGGCUGGCUGAGCGCUUGUGGGCUGGACAUCUUCAUCUGGAACAUGCUGCUGGUCCUCGCCUGCUUGCUUCAGCUGGCUCAUCUGGCUUACCGGCUCCGCAGAAACACCAUCCCAGAAGAGUUUGACCUCCUCUACAAGACCAUGUACCUGCCCUUGCAGGUGCCCCUGGAAGUCUACAAAGAAAUCGUGAAGUGCUGUGAAGAGCAGGUCCAGUCACUAGUCAGAGACCAGAAUUACGCAGUGGAAGGCAAGACACCCAUUGACCGCCUCUCGUUGCUGCUGUCUGGCAGGAUCCGAGUGUGCCAGGAUGGACAAUUCCUUCACUACGUCUUUCCAUACCAGUUCCUGGAUUCUCCAGAAUGGGAGUCUCUGCGACCUUCUGAGGAAGGAACUUUCCAGGUCACCCUCACAGCCGAGACCGAUUGCAGCUACAUCACCUGGCCGAGGAAGAAGCUGUAUCUCCUCCUGAGGAAGGACCGCUACAUCGCUCGGCUCUUCUCCUCCCAUCUGGGCUAUGACAUCUCAGAGAAGCUCUACUCCCUCAAUGAGAAGCUCUUCGCCAAGUUUGGCCUUCGCUUCGACAUCCGCUUGCCCAGCCUCUACCACGUCCUUGGGCCAGCCUCCUCCGAGGGGGAGUCGGAGGACUGUGAGGAGCUGCUGCCAGGCUCUGGCCAGGCCAGCGUCUCUGAGCCACCGCCGCAGCCGCCACCGCCGCCACCGCCGGCUCCGCGCCCCCGGGCAUCCCGGCCCGACAGUGAUGUGCUGGGUGAGGACUCCACCAGUCUUGUCUUGGAAGAUUUUGCUGAGUUGCCGGGGUCUUUUAUGGACUAUGUGAGCGAAGGGGAGUAUAUGAAUUCUCACCCUCUCUGCAAAGGACGAGCCCCUCUGGCUCCCACCCAGACCCCUGAACUCUAGGGAACAACAGGCUGUUUUGAUCCUGAAGGCCCUCCAAGGGAGCAGAUGCUCACACAGGUUUUUGACCAGAGACACUCUUUAGCAUGCAGAGACGUCUGCCAGCAGAUAUCCACACUCAGGAGCACAUGAAGCAUAUGCUUAAGACUGCAGUGUGACACUCCAGCACCUCCCACCCCAUGGCUGUUCACCAGAGCUGCCUUCCCCAGUGUGCUUCCAUGGUCUGUUUUCUAGUCCUGCCUCUCCAAGGUUAUCAGCAGCUCUGUCACCAAAGUGCACCAAUAUCCUGCAAGCAAUACCAGCCUGCUUGCAGAAUCUGUGUUCCCUUUGAUUCAAUGAUUCCCAUUAAAGUCAGAGAUGAAACUA